UUGAUGGAGAACAUCUCAGAGGUGACUGAAUUCAUUCUCGUGGGGCUAACAGAUGCCCUAGCCCUUCAGGUCCCUUUAUUUUUAAUCUUCACAGUCAUUUACUUCAUCACUCUAGUUGGGAACCUGGGGAUGAUAGUGUUGAUUCUGUUAGACUCUCGUCUCCACACUCCCAUGUACUUUUUCCUCAGUAACCUCUCCCUAGUGGACUGUGUUUAUGCCUCAGCAGUCACACCCAAGGUGAUGGUGGGGUUUCUCACAGGAGGUAAGAUCAUCUCCUACAAUGGGUGUGCUGCCCAGAUGUUCUUCUUUGCAGCCUUUGCUGCUAUUGAAAACUUCCUCCUGGCCUCGAUGGCCUUUGACCGCCAUGCAGCAGUAUGUAAACCCUUGCAUUACACCACCACCAUGACAAGCACUGUGUGUGCUCUACUGGUCACUGGCUCCUACAUCUGUGGACUGUUGGAAACUUCCAUCCUUGUUGCCUUUACUUUCCACCUUUCCUUCUGUCAUUUCAAUGUGGUUAAUCACUUUUUCUGUGACAUCCCCCCACUGCUGUCUCUCUCCUGUUCUGAUAUCUACACAAACGAGAUUGUGCUCUUCACUUUGGCAGCUUGCACUGUCUUUUUCACUCUUUUGGUUAUCUUGAACUCUUACCUGUUCAUUUUUAUUGCUAUCCUGAGAAUGCACUCAGCUGAGGGACAAAAGAAGGCCUUUUCCACCUGUGCUUCCCACCUUACCACUGUUUCCAUCUUCUAUGGGACAAUUAUCUUCAUGUACUUACAGCCAAGUCUCAGUCAUUCCAUGGACACAGACAAAAUAGCAUCUGUGUUCUACACCAUGAUCAUCCCCAUGCUGAACCCUCUGGUCUACAGCCUGAGAAACAAGGAUGUCAAGAGUGCAUUCAAGAAGGUUGUUGAGGAGGCAAAAUUAUCUACAGGCUUAAAGUUUUAAUUUUGUAGAAUCCACAACAACAACCCAGUAUCCCCUCAGAUAUUCUCUGUGCAAUGGCUCACACUUCAAGGCCUUCAGUGCACUUAAUUCCUAAGGUCAAACCCUUACCUCCUCAAAAGUCUAUGGUGAAAACAUUAUGUUCUGAAAUGUAAUACAUAAAUGAUAAUGGAUCAAGGGAAC